GGAACACGGGAGACUACAAUAUCUAGGAUCAUUCUGUCCUUGACUAUUCGGUUUUGGCAUUGCCAUUGACUGGCCAAAAUGGCUGGGAGCAUCUUUAGUGACCUCCUCGCCGCAUGGCAUAUCUUUCGCAUUCCCCUUUUUAUAGGAGUGGCGAUCACGUUCGUCGCCAUACGUGCGGUUUCACGACUUCGAGCCUCUCGCGAAAAACUGUCGUCUUCUCCAGCGCCUAGCUCUCCAGCGUUGGACUCAAAGAAGGAAGCGCCACAAGAAUGGAUUGCUCCAAACUCACUUGACGAGAAAACUGUGUCUCGGGAGAACAACAAUGCGGAAUCCUCAGCUGCGGAACCAAUUUCUGAAAAGGAGGUGCCGAUUAAGAAGAAAACCGAUGCUGCGCCUAAAAGAGUGACCGGAACAAAACGAUCAAAGAGUCCGAAGUCCAAUGGAGCAGACACUCCGCGCGCUCCGUUCAAAGUCCAGCCAUUGGUUUUCUACGCCUCUCUUACUGCCAGCACCCAGAAGUCUGCAGAGGGUCUCUUUGAGGUUAUGAAGACUGCUCUGGCUGCUUCGUCGCGUGCUGAGCGUUUCUUGGAACCGCAAUUACACGAUCUAUCUUACAUUGACUAUGACGACUUUUUCAUUGCGCCACCCAAAAUCGUUGAAGAUGAAGAGGCGGAGGUGCUAUACUUUUACAUGAUUCUUCUUCCUACGUACAAUAUAGAUACCACCCUCGACCCAUUCCUCGACCAUCUUCAGGAGACUCACCACGACUUCCGCAUCGACACGGCCCCACUAUCACCUCUGCUCGGAUAUUCGGUAUUUGGUUUUGGAGACAAGGAGGGAUGGCCGACAGAAGAGGAUGGAUUUUGCUCUCAGGCUCGGCAGGUUGACAAAUGGAUGGCCAAGUUGACUGGUCGCAAGCGUGCAUUCCCCUUGGGCAUGGGUGACGUGAAGAGCGAUUCCAAAGAACGACUUGAGGAAUGGCGACUGGGCGUGCAGGAAGCUCUAGCCGACAUUGUCGAGAAGGGCGGCCUUGGCGAAGGCGUUUCCGGGAGCGGAGAUCCAGUGGAGAGUGACGAGGAGGAAGAAGAGGAGGAGGCGGAUGCGGAAGUGGAAGCGGAGGCAGACGGAUCCUCGCCUGGCGAUUCGGACGCCGGCGCACAAGCCAAACUCCGCGUAAAGCGCAGACGCAACAAGGCAGCUGCUGUCGACGAUCUUGAGGACCUAGGCAGCAAACUCCGCAAGUCUGAUGAAAACAACAACAACGCGGAACAAGACUCUUCGUCAGAUGCUCCUCUCGCCGUCGACUUUACCACUUACGGCAAGAAGAAAUCAUCCGGUUCCCCGUCCGCCACCGCACCUACCGCCAAGGAAAUGGUCCCCAAGACAUCGCCAACCUAUGCAUCACUCACCAAACAAGGCUACACCAUCGUCGGCUCGCACUCUGGCGUGAAGAUUUGCCGAUGGACCAAAUCCGCCCUGCGCGGACGUGGAUCGUGCUACAAAUUCUCGUUCUACGGUAUCAAAUCGCAUCUUUGCAUGGAAACCACGCCCUCGCUCAGCUGCAGCAACAAAUGCAUCUUCUGCUGGCGUCACGGCACCAACCCAGUGGGUACCACGUGGCGGUGGAAGGUCGACCCGCCAGAGAUGAUCUUUGAUGGAGUCAAAGAGGGCCAUUACAAGAAGAUUAAGAUGAUGAAAGGCGUUCCCGGAGUCCGCGCCGAGCGGUUCCAGGAAGCCAUGCGUAUUCGUCAUUGCGCCCUGAGUCUGGUCGGCGAACCCAUCUUUUACCCUCACAUUAACGAAUUCACCCGCAUGCUUCACAACGAGCGCAUCUCCAGCUUCCUCGUCUGCAACGCCCAGCACCCAGACCAGCUUGCUGCCCUAGAACAGGUCACGCAGCUGUACGUCAGCAUCGACGCGAGCAACCGGGACGCGCUCCGCCGCAUUGACCGUCCCUUGCACCGCGACUUCUGGGAGCGUUUCCAGCGAUGCUUGGACAUCUUGCGCGAACACCGCUCCCGGCAGCGCACAGUGUUCCGCUUGACCCUUGUCAAGGGAUUCAACAUUGACGAGGAAGUCACGGGCUAUGCCGACCUCGUUGAGCGUGGAAUUCCUUGCUUUGUUGAGAUCAAGGGCGUCACGUACUGCGGUACCUCGGACUCUAGUCGGGCUGGGCUCACAAUGCAGAAUGUUCCAUUUUACGAGGAAAUCAAGGAGUUUGUCAUUAAGCUGGAUGACGAAUUGAGAAGACGUGGCUUGAGUUAUGGCAUCGCCGCCGAACACGCUCAUAGCUGCUGUAUCCUCCUCGCCUCGACAAACUUCCGCAUCAACGGCCGCUGGCACACUCUGAUCGACUACGACCGCUUCUUUGACCUCUUGGCCGAAGGCAAGCCCUUUGGGCCAGAAGACUACAUUGGUCCCCCCACCCCCGAGUGGGCCACCUGGGGACACGGCGGCUUCGACCCAGCUGACACCAGAGUCUUUCGCAAGGGCAAGAACCGCAAGGACGCCAGCGAGGCCGGCGAGACCGGCGAGUCUGUCGUCAAUGAUGCUGUCGAUUCGUCUCCUGCCCUUCCUGGUAUUUCUUCUGCUCCUCCCACUCACACCGCCGCGGAGACGGAAACCUGCGGAUCCGCCGACACACCCGAGACACCUUCCCACUCCGCCCCUCGCGCAGGAACAUGCUGCAGCUCCAACUCAAAUUCCGCCAACGGAAAUAAAUCCGAAAGCAAAUCGUGCUGCCGCUCUGAAGAAGAACAACUCGAAGAAGAAGGCGCAGCGACAGAAGAGCCAGAGUUUCAUGCCAAUUCGACAAAUGUAGUGGUUAAUACAUUUGCUUGAUAUAUAUCUGCUUUUUUUCGUGGCUUUGACACCUUUAGCUCUUUUACGAAAUAACACCUUUAUCUCAUUGACAGCUUUGUCUCAUUGACGCCUUCAUUUUUUUCUCCUCUAGUUGAUAGAGAUGGCUAUUGACAGUGAACACUGGACACACGCUACGUUGCUCAAUUGGACUUGAGUCUGAGUCUUACGAAACUUGUCUCGGUGGUAGUUUGUAGUUGCAGAGUAGUGGUGGUGGUGGCGGUGGUUACGCCUCGCUACCUACAUUUCACAUUCCCAUCUCAAGGGAAAAAAGCAUUUACGACCUAUUAGGCUAUU